GUGUAGAGGGGAGAUGCAACUCUUCCCAUCUAGCGGCCGGGAAGCUUUCAAGCCAAUUGGGAGCGACUUUUUCAGGCUGUGGAAGACAGGAAUAGAGCGCCUCCCUGUUUUGGAAGCUCAUUGCUUGCUCUGCGGGAAGGGGAGCAAUGCUCAAAGGCCAGGGAGGAGGGAUCAUUCACCCUUCCUAACCGCGGGUCUCCGUGGGAAAAGUACUACGUCAGUUUUCAUUUCGCCUGUACUUUCCUCCGAAUGCUCCUGUCUGUUUUUCUGUUUCCUCUGCCCUGCCCUGCCCUUUUUAAUGUAAGGGUGGCCCGGCUAUUAGAGAGACGAAGCCGGCUGCCCGCCUGCCUCAAGCUGUGAGAGGGACGAAACCACCAGGGUGAAAAAUGCAACUACGACUCGCCUCGUUUUGCAAGAUGAAGACGAGACACCGCCGCGCCGCCGGCUCUUCGUCCUCUCCAGAGUGGUUGGGCGCCGGCGUAGCACCACGCGGGCGCAGCCCUCCAGCGUGACGGGUCGGCCCCUCCACUUGGAGGGCCAAGCCACCAACAAGCCACCCCCGGAGCAAGUGCUUUGCCCGCGGCAGCUCGCAGCGGCCUUCGCCCGACGCGGAGCCCUCGGCCCGCGUGGUGCUCCUUCGACCGCCUCUCAGGGGAGCUCCGCGAAGGCGGCUGGUCCGCUGCCCUGGUUCCUGCAGGUCGCGUUUAGCGUUGCAGGCAAGCUAUGAGGAGUAGCAGAAUUUCUGUGAAGUCCUCAGUGCUUUUUAUACCCCAUUGCAGCAGUGCCAAGACAUGAAACCAAACCUUCUUCUACGUUUACAAUUCUUAUAAAUGUUAUCUAUGGAUGCAAAAGGUGGGCUUUGAAGAAGCUGCUGCUGGACUUUGGUGUUGGAGAAGACUCAUGAGAGGAAAACAAACAAAGGGAUCUUAGAAGAAAUCAACCCAGAGCUCUUUCUCUGAAUACCUCAUGUUUCUAAUCUGGACAUGGUGAAAGAGGCAUCCAGUUAUCUCUUCAAUGCCACAAAACAGAGAUUUUACUUCAAGUCUGUAAAAAUUGUAAUUCCUUUGACGUGGAGCUCAAAACAAGAAUAUAAAAGAAGAACCCUUGAAUCCUAUGAACAGGCUGAUAUCAUCAUAGCCAAUCCUUACUUAAAAUAUGGAGAUGAACCCUACACCCUGCAGUUUGAAGGUUGUGGGUCACCAGGACGAUACAUUCAUUUCACUCAGAACUUCUUGACAAAUGACAAUUUGCUUUCUAUUUAUGGACCUCGAGGCAGAGUCCUUGUCCAUGAAUGGGCUCAUCUCAGAUGGGGUGUCUUUGAUGAAUAUAACUACGAUGCACCUUUCUAUGAUGCUGGACAAGGCAAAUUUGAAGCAACAAGAUGUUCGGCUGAUGUCACUGGUAAAUAUAUAUUUCCAACUGGCCAAGGAGAAUACAGAAAAUGUAAAUAUGUAAAGGGAACAAAGCUAUAUGAAUCUGGAUGUCUAUUUGUGCCAGAAAAAAUACAAAGUACUCCGGUAUCUAUCAUGUAUUCGCAAAGUCUACCUUCUGUUACUCAGUUCUGUGACCAAAGCAAUCAUAACACCAGGGCAACAAAUAUGCAGAACAAAUUAUGUGACUACAGGAGCACAUGGGAAGUCAUUAUGAACUCCAAAGACUUCUUCUAUUCAUCUCCAAUAAACACUCCUCCACCUGACCCCAUUAUUUCUCUGGUUCAAGCACAGGACAGAGUUUUGUGCUUAGUGCUUGAUGUUUCUGGAAGCAUGAGUGAUCAUAAUCGUAUUGGUCGCCUGAAGCAAGCUGCUGAAUUGUUCCUCCUGCAGAUCAUUGAAACUGGUUCUUGGGUUGGAAUUGUAACAUUUCAGACCUCUGCCCACAUUGAGAUUGGCUUGCAACAGAUUGUCAGUGACAACACACGCCAAGCUCUUGUGAAUUAUUUGCCUACUGCAGCCGGUGGAGGAACCAACAUUUGUGCUGGAGUGCUUAAAGGAUUCCAGGUGUUCACACAAAAAUAUCCAAGUACUGAGGGCUGUGAGAUUGUACUCCUGACAGAUGGGGAAGAUACAACUAUGAGCUCUUGCUUUGGUGUGGUUAAAAGUAGUGGAUCAAAAAUUCACACCAUUGCCUUGGGGCCAAGUGCUGCACAAGAGCUAGAAAUGCUGGCAACAAUGACAGGAGGUUUAAACUUUGCUGCAACUGAUAGUUUGGAUUCAAAUAGCCUCAUAGAUGCUUUCACUGGAAUUUCAUCAGGAAGUGGAAAUAUCUCUCAACAGUCGAUUCAGCUUGAAAGCAAAAGUAACCACAUUGAUGGCUACCAAUCUCUUGAGGGUACUGUGUCCAUUGAUUAUACUGUGGGGAGUGACACUUUCUUCGUAGUUACAUGGACUGAAAACUAUUCGCCACCAGUAAUUCUCCUGACAGAUCCAAAAGGAAAAACCUAUUCUCUCCAGGACUUUGUAUCUGAUAGAACAAAUCUCAAAACAGCUCGCCUUAAGAUUAAUGGAAUUGCAGAGGUAGGAGAUUGGACUUACAAACUUCAUAAUAAAUACCCAACGCCUCAGGUUUUAUCCAUCACAGUAACCACUAGACCAGCAUCUCCAACUGUAUCACCAGUGAUUGUGAAGCCCUAUGUGACUAGUCAAACAAAUUCCUUCCCUUAUAAAAUGAUUAUUUAUGCAGAAGUCAGUCAAGGAUUUUUGCCUGUUAUUGGUGCAAAUGUCACAGCCAUAGUUGAAUCAGACUCUGGAACUGAAGAACAAGAGCUUUGGGACAAUGGAUCUGGUGCUGAUAUUAUCAAGCACGAUGGCAUCUAUUCAAGGUACUUCACCUCAUUCAGAGUCAGCGGCAGAUACAAUAUAAAAGUACGGGUCCAAGGGCAAGAUGCUGUCCUAGGAGCCCGCCAACAGGGUUCGGCUUUGUAUGUGCCAGGCUGGAUAGAAAACGGAGAAAUAAAAAUGAAUGCACCGAGAUUGACACCCAAUGACAAUGAAACCCAAGCAAACCUUGGAAAUUUCAGCAGAACUGCAGCAGGAGGUUCUUUUGUAGUGACAGGAGUGCCUACUGGAAAUCUCAUAGAUGUUUUCCCUCCAUGUAAAAUCAUUGACCUUGAAGUAGAACUCAAUGCUGAAGAUGAAUUCCUUUUGUCGUGGACAGCUCCUGGGGAUGAUUACGAUAGAGGAAAAGCUGAAAGAUAUGAAAUAAAAAUGAGUGAAAAUCCCUUGGAAUUAAGAAACGCUACAUUUCAUAAUGUCCUUCCUUUGAACACAUUUGGACUGAAACCGGAAGUUGCUGGAACCAAACAGUCCUUUCAGUAUAAGUCAGAAAACUAUACAAAGGAAAACGGCACCAUGAUUUACUUUGCCAUUCGUGCUAUUGAUAGUAGCAACAAUACUGGAGAAGUAUCUAAUAUAGCCAGAGCAGUUGUGCUUCUUUCUCCAUUACCUACUAUUACCACUGGUCCAACCAGCAAUUACGUUACUGCUGAUAACGAAACCAAGAACAGUGCUUUAAAUAAUAUAUUAAUUAUAAUUAUAGCAUGUGCUUCUAUCAUUAUUUCUGGUAUUGUACUUUAAAAAUUUUAAAAGGAAAACAAAAAAUAAAGGCACCUUCCCCCCCCUCUCUCUCUCCCACCGCCCCACCUCCU